AUGCCUUCCCGGAGAAGCCUAUGACUAUCUGUUUUCCCUCCCAAUUCCCCAGCCCCGCCAAACCCUACUCUCCGAUUAGGGUUUUCGAUGCGGAAGAGGAAUCCCGUGCUGGUGCUCUCCUCCUCGGACGAGGAGGGCGAUGGGGUCCGAGGCUGCGCCACCUCCGGCGGUCGCUGUUCCUCCAGGCGAGGAUCGAGAUCCGCGUCGGCGGCAAGGAAGAGACCCCGAGGUCGGGGCUCAAGGAAGAGCCUACCCUCGGCGUCACGGGAUGGGCAUGUGGCUGAAUUUGAUAUGCCUUCUGAAGAAUUCUGUGAUCAUCUUCAUGAUUUCAGCAAAACACCAGGAAUUACACAAACAGACACAAAAGAGCUUUGGACUGAGAAACAUAAACCCCAUUCCUUGGCAGAGCUUGCUGUCCAUAAAAAGAAGUUCUCAGGUUGAAGAGGUCAAAAGAUGGUUGGAAGAGAGAAUGAAAGCACCAAAGGAAGGAAUAGAGAACUGUGUUCUUAUCACUGGCCGAUCUGGAGUUGGAAAAUCAACAGCAAUCCAUGUAAUUGCAUCACUACUUGGAGCUGAUUUGUGUGAAUGGAUGUCUCCCACACCAACACUCUGGGAAGAGCAUGUCCAUAAUUCUAAUUCGGGAUUACAGUAUAUGUCAAAGUUGGAUGAAUUUGAAGGCUUCAUAGAAAAGAUAAGAAAAUAUUCAUUGCUUCAUGGAGCUUAUGCAGAAGAAUUAAGGAAACCAACAGUUCUCUUAAUUGAUGACAUACCAGUGACAAAAGGAAGAGCUUCUUUUUCAAGAUUAAGGAAGUGCAUAAAAACUCUUAUUCAGUCAGCUCAGACACCUACAGUCAUUUUGAUUACUGAAUAUCACAAAAUUGAGUCCGCUGAUAGUGCAACAGAAUACUGGGAGGAACUUGAAUCAUCUAUUGAACAAGCUGGGGCUUAUAAGGUAGGUUUUAAUCCUAUAACAGAAAAUUCCAUCAAGAAAACUCUUACUAGAAUAUGCCAAGAAGAGAAGUGUGAUGUCCCUGCACAAUGGAUAGAUCAUAUAGCCAGAGUGAGUGGAGGUGACAUCAGACAUGCCAUAACUUCUUUACAAUAUUGUUGCAUAAAGAUGGUCAAAUCAUUCCCUGUUCAUGAAUCAGUUCCAAAUGACACUCAUGAUGAACUAAAAUCUGGUAGUCCCAGUUUAUUGUCAAGUGCAAGUUCUGGAGAUGGGCACAUUAAUCCUCAGAUUUCAUUGCCAUGGGGAAGAGAUGAAAAAAUUACUCUAUUUCAUGCCUUGGGGAAGUUCCUUCACAACAAGAGAGAGACACCACAUGCUUUUGCACUGGCACCAGAUUUGUUCACUUUGAAAAAGAAAUAUGCAAGGAAUCCAUUGAAAAUGGAUGCUCCAGAGGAAGUUCUUCUACAGGCACAUGGGCAAGCACGGACCAUUAUGGAUUUUCUCCAAGAAAAUGUUCUUGACUUUGUAAGUGAUGAAGCAACUGAUAGUGGAUGGGUUGUGAACUCUUAUCUAAGUGAUGCCGACUACAUGCUUGCUAGCAUUCUGCAUCCAAAGUUUUGUCGAAUAACGGAGACAAAUGAAUCAGAUAGUGUUAGAGAACUAGUUGCUGCUUCAGUUGCAGUACGUGGUGUGUUGUUUGGAAAUUCACAUCCAUCACCUUCAAGGUGGCACACUAUCCGUACCCCAAAACUUUGGCAAAUUGAGCAAACAUCACGACACAGUAAGAUUCAGAUGUUGCCUGAGAGAUUUGCAACCUAUGGAACUUCCAGUUUUUGCAGUCUGUCAUCCAUAGCCACUGAAUAUAGACCGACGAUCAAAUGGUUCUAUUCACCUGUCAAUGUUCAUGCUCAUGAUAAUAUUUCAGAAAGCCUACAUGGGGAAAAUGACAUGGAUUGUACAGAUGGAAGUUUAGAAGGAAAGAAAUCAGGGGAAAGUGAGGAGGAUGAUAUAGAAGAUUGGUAGAAUAUUUACCUGUAUAUUUUGGCUUGAGAAGAUCUAUUAAUUUAAGUGGAUCUUUUUCUGUGGUAUUUUGAAGUCGGAGACUUGGUGAGUUGCCUUGUGGAUUCCGUCGGAGACCUCGAAGAUCUAUUUGCCGUUGGUCAUGUUCAGAUUAGUGCCAGAGAUAUGGCUAGAGUGGGAAGUGGUGGAGAAGGCAGUUUAUACAUAAUUCUGUUGGAAGAUCUGCAAAUGCAACUCCCGCUUGAACAUGGUUGCGCAAUAGGCUGCAGAUGUAAUGUUGGCUUCCGAUUUUAAUUGUACAAGAAAAUAGGUGAGAUGCACUUGUAUUGUAGACGAAUUCAAAUAAAUGUAUAUAUGAUUGCCAUAAUAGCGUAGGACUCUCAAAUGGUAUGAAACUGUUGUCUUAUGUUGUAGCAUAUCAAUAAUGUUGCUGCAAUUGUAGGCUUUAUCUCCAUCGAGAAUUUAUCAGGGGAUGAUUUAAGAA